AUGGACGGGAACUUUACCGAUGAGUACAACCGUUGGAGGGUGAAGGCCCGAUAUUCGGGGAAUUGGAACCCAAUAACUAGAUUCCAAAAGGUGAGCUCCACUCCAUCAAAUCUCUUGACUCGGUCCCCGACAAGACAUCCCACCUGGUUGGAAGCACCAAAAGUCGAUCCAAACUUUUUGAGAAAGGUCACUGCAACAGUGACGCUCUGGCCUGCUUUUGUCGACCUGCCUGCCUGCAAAGCCUUGUCAGACUCAGCUCUCGUCUGGAAGAUCAUUGAUGUGCUUGCCCGAUUUGCUCUAUUUCAGUCUCGUGCCACUACGUAG